AAGAGGAGCGCGCUUGAAGCCAGUGGUUGUUUCACAGCGGAGCGCGUCGGCAUCGCGUCUGCUCAUGUGUUCAGUUUAUCGGGGCUCUGUGUUAUGAAGGAGACAGCGGAGUUUCACUUCUCUCUGAGAGAACCGGUUCUUUGGGAACGCCCGUUGAUGCAGCAGCAGAUUAAACUUUCAGUUUCGAUAUUAGGCUACCACACUGACUUCAAGAUUUGUUGUGCCACAUAGUUUCAGUGCGCACUAAGCAGUGGCAUUCGAGAUCGUUUACGUGCCUCUCUUUUUGACUCUGGCUCGGAAAUUGGUUUCACAUGUUGCUUUUGUUCAGAUAAGCGAUGAAGUCUGUGCUGUGCGCUUUUAUGACGGCCGUGAUCGCGCUGCAGCGGGCCGAAAGUCUCAAGAGGACUUAUUAUAUUGCCAUAAGAGAGGAAACCUGGAAUUACGCACCAAGCGGCCGAAACCUUAUCAAUAACCGGAGCAUCGAGCGAGAUGAACAAGCGUCGAAUUUUCUGUUGAAUGGCCCUACCCGGAUAGGGAGUGUUUAUAAAAAGGCUUUAUACAGGCAGUACACAGAUGAGUCUUACUCCACCGAGAUACCUAAACCUGCCUGGCUCGGCUUCCUCGGACCCAUUUUACGGGCUGAGGUCGGAGAUGUCAUAGAGGUGCACAUGAAGAACUUUGCCAGCAGGCCUUAUUCUCUCCACCCUCAUGGAGUUUUCUAUGAGAAGAAUUCAGAAGGAGCGUUGUAUCCAGACGGCACCACUGGUCGUGAUAAGAGAGAUGAUGCAGUGGCUCCAGGUGAGAGCUACACAUACACCUGGCAGGUCAAACCAGAGUACGCCCCUACUGAAGCAGAUGCCAGCUGUCUCACCUGGAUUUACCAUUCACAUGGAGAUGCACCAAAAGACAUUGCAUCAGGGCUUAUAGGAGCUCUGCUCACCUGCAAGAAAGGCACUCUGGACUCUAGUCAAAAGCGCUCUGAUGUGGAUGAAGAUUUCAUUUUGAUGUUCAGUGUGGUGGAUGAGAACUUGAGCUGGUACUUGGAGGAGAAUAUUAAAAUGUUCUGCUCUGAUGAAGAUGCAACAAACGAACUUAAGAAUAACACAGAUGAGGAGUUUAGAGAGUCCAACCUCAUGCAUUCAAUCAAUGGCUAUGUUUAUGGGAAUUUGCCUGCACUGAAAGUGUGUGUCGGACGUACCGUGUCUUGGCAUCUCUUCGGCAUUGGUAACGAGGUGGACAUUCAUUCGGCUUAUUUCCAUGGGCACACCCUCGUGGAUCGCAUGCACCGCACAGAUGUGCUUAGUCUGUUUCCUGCCACUUUUGUCACCGCAACAAUGAUCCCCAGAACAGAAGGGAAAUGGUUGUUAAGCUGCCAAGUCAAUGAUCAUGUACAAGCAGGUAUGCAGAGUUUCUAUGAGGUCUCGGCCUGUGGGUCCACAGCCUCUGCAACAGAGGCCCCUGGCAAAGAGAGACGUUUCUACAUUGCUGCUGAGAAGAUGGUUUGGGACUACGCCCCUUUAGGGAUGAACUACAUGACAAAUAAACCACUUUCUGAACCAGACAGUGACUCUGAACCGUACUUCAGUCGUGAUGGUGGUAAGCUGGGUGGAAAAUACCUGAAGGCCAGAUACAUUUCAUACACUGAUGACACAUUUACUACCAAAACACAUUUUGCGGGCUCAGAUGUGCAUCUUGGAAUUCUGGGUCCGGUCAUGAAAGCAGAGACUGGUGAUGUUAUCAUUGUGACAUUCUUUAACAAUGCCACACAGGACUACAGCCUUCAGCCACACGGUCUGCAUUAUGAGAAGGCCUAUGAAGGAGCAAAGUAUCAGGAUGGUACUCAGAAAGCUGGAGCCUCUGUGGCUCCUGGUAAAAAAUUCACCUACCGUUGGAAAGUAAUUGAAGGUCCCUCCAGUAGUGAUCCUCCUUGUCUUUCCUACUUGUACUAUUCUGCUGUUGAUCCUGUUCGGGACACUAACUCUGGUUUAUUUGGACCCAUACAAGUGUGCAAGAAAGGUGUUCUUGAUGGAAGUGGCCAUCAGCAUGCUGACAAAAUUCAGCAUGAGUUUUUUCUGCUGUUCUCUGUGAUGGACGAGAAUGAAAGCUGGUAUCUGGAAGAGAACAUUGAAAAGUUUGGAAGCAGUGAUUCAGGUCCAGCUAAUGAAGAGUUUCAUGAAAGCAAUAAGAUGCAUGCGGUGAAUGGCUUAAUGUAUGGAAACCUGGAAGGUCUGGACUUGUGUAACGGGGAACACGUUAUGUGGCACAUACUUGGCUUGGGCACUGAGGUGGAUAUCCAUGGGGUCUAUUUCGAGGGUAACACGUUUCGACGAGACGGAAUGAACCGUGACACUCUCAGUGUCUUCCCGCAUACCACAGUGACUGUUAGCAUGACACCUGACAAUGAUGGCCAGUUUGAGCUGAGCUGUCGUACAGCUGAACACUACAAAGCUGGCAUGCGUCAACAUUACGAAGUCAAGGCCUGUUCGACAGUGACUCCUGCAGCAGAACAUUUCACCUCCACGGUGUGGUACUAUAUAGCAGCAGAGGAAGUUGAGUGGAAUUAUGCCCCAAACCGCACAUGGGAAUUGGAGAAACACAAUACUACACUGGAGGAAAGCCCUGGAAGUGUUUUUCUUGAACAAUCAGAAAAUCAGAUUGGUGGUAAAUAUAAGAAAGUGGUGUUUCGUGAAUUCAUAGAUGAAACCUUUACCAAAAGGAAACCCAGGCGUCCAGAGGAGGAGCACUUGGAAAUAAUGGGUAUGGCACAUCUGACUUUGGAAAGAGGAGUCAAGCUCAAUCCAGAAAAAAGCGUGAUCUGUGCUACAGAGGUGAGCUAUUUUGGGCAUCUGCUCACUGCUGAAGGGGUAAAGCCAGACCCGGCCAAAGUUGCUGCUGUGAGAGACAUGGAACCACCUAAAUACAAAGGAGAACUCGAGACAGUGCUAGGUAUGAUCAAUUACCUCUCCAAAUUUGCACCUGGCCUUUCCGAUGUCAAUGCACCACUGCGACAGCUCCUUAAGGAGUCAAGUGAGUUUGUUUGGGAUGUCCAACACGACAAAGCUUUCAAGAAGAUGAAGGAGCUACUCACAUGUGAACCAGGCCCAGUCUUAGCCUAUUUUGAUCCUCACAAAGAGAUCAGAUUACAGGUCGAUGCCUCCAAGUACGGGCUCGGGGCAGUACUGAUGCAGGAUGGAAGACCUAUCGCAUACUCAUCAAAGUCCCUCUCUGAGAGUGAAAUCAAUUAUGCUCAAAUAGAGAAAGAACUCUUUGCAAUACUGUUUGGCUGUAAGCGUUUCCAUCAAUACAUCUAUGGCCGUCAAGUCGUUGUUGAGAGUGACCACAAGCCCCUUGAGUCAAUAAUGCGGAAGCCUCUGGCAUCAGUUCCCCCAAGGCUUCAGAGGAUGAUCCUUCAGCUCCAGAAGUAUAACUUCACCAUAAUACAUCGACCAGGCAAGGACAUCCCUGUUGCAGACACAUUAUCCAGAAAGUCGUUGUCUGACCAGGAUACGAGCCUCAGUGAAGGAAUGGAUAUUCAGGUGCACACAGUGUACAGCAGCCUUCCUGUCAGUGACUCAAAAUUGGAGGAAAUCAGAGCUCAAACUGAAAAGGACCCACAGUUUCAGAUAUUGAAAGGAGUCAUACAAAGAGGUUGGCCUGAAGAGAAAAGAAAGUGUCCCCUGAGUGUGUCUGAAUUCUGGAACCACCGUGAUGAGCUUUCAUACCUGCAUGGAAUAAUAUUCAAAGGUGAGAAGAUUGUCGUUCCCAGAAGCCUUCGUUCAGACAUGCUGUCACGCAUACAUGCCAGUCACCUAGGCAUCGAGAAGAGCAAGCAGAGGGCCCGUGACAUCAUGUUCUGGCCUGGGAUGGGGAAAGAAAUUGAGAACAUCAUCAGCAAGUGUUCGAUCUGCCUCACGUAUCGCCCCUCCAACACCAAAGAGCCCAUGAUCAGUCACAAAAUCCCAGAUAGGCCAUGGCAAGUAGUGGCUACUGAUUUGUUCACCUGGAACAACGAGGACUAUCUUGUGACAGUUGACUAUUACAGCAGAUAUUUUGAGCUGGACAAGCUCCACAGUACAACCUCUGCUGCUGUGAUAAGUAAAUUAAAGGCUUCUUUUGCACGGCACGGCAUUCCCGAAGCUGUCAUCUCAGACAACGGCCCCCAGUACAGCUCUGGUGAGUUUGAAUCAUUUGCAAAAACAUGGGAAUUUACACAUACUACCACAAGCCCAUACCACCCACAAAGUAAUGGUUUAGCAGAGAAAUCUGUGCACACUGCAAAGAUGUUACUGGGAAAAGCCAAAGCUGACAAAAGUGACCCAUACCUUAGUCUCCUGGAGUAUUGCAACAGCCCUGUUGAUGGAUUCAAGUCCCCAGCUCAGCUGUUAAUGAGUCGCCAUCUGCGGUCAACCCAAUACCAAUCAGCAGCUCCUGCCAAAG